UCUCGGCGUCCAGGAGAUUGCGAGAAGAUGAUGCGACUGAGCAGAGCGAAUGCAUAAUUGGCCUAUCUUAGUCAUAGCUUUUCACUUGCCUUGUCUAGUUUCUUGCCAAAUUGCUGUUUAAUGUCGAAGUGUAAGCAGAGCGCUGUAGAAACUGAUUAGGAGCAACGGCAGGAGAAGAGAGGAGCCGUCACUGAAAGGAGUUGGCGCAUCAAAUUGCACCGGAUGUCAUUACACGCUCUUAAAUAUCGAGAACUAUAAACAAGACCAAAGGCAGAGCCAUGGAGGCUGUAACACAUCUGGUGAAUGACAGUGUAGAAUUUUACAAAUGGAGCCUUACUAUAGCAGACAAGAGGGUGGAGAGCUGGCCGAUGAUGUCAUCUCCCUUCCCCACUCUGGCCAUCAGCUGCCUGUACCUGCUCUUCCUGUGGGCAGGGCCUAGAUACAUGCAGGACCGCCAGCCCUAUACACUCAGGAAGACCCUCAUAGUCUACAACUUCAGCAUGGUGGUCCUCAACUUCUACAUCGCCAAAGAGCUCCUACUAGGCUCUAGAGCAGCCGGGUACAGCUACCUCUGUCAGCCUGUCAACUACUCGAAUGAUGUCAAUGAAGUCAGGAUAGCGUCUGCUCUUUGGUGGUACUACAUUUCCAAAGGAGUGGAAUUCCUGGACACAGUCUUUUUCAUCCUGAGGAAGAAGUUCAACCAGGUCAGCUUCCUCCACGUCUACCACCACUGCACCAUGUUCAUCCUCUGGUGGAUUGGUAUCAAGUGGGUCCCUGGUGGACAAUCUUUUUUUGGUGCAACCAUCAACUCUUCCAUCCACGUCCUCAUGUACGGUUACUAUGGCCUGGCCGCCUUGGGACCUCAGAUGCAGAAGUACCUCUGGUGGAAGAAAUACCUCACCAUUAUUCAGAUGAUCCAGUUCCACGUGACCAUCGGCCACGCCGGCCACUCCCUCUACACAGGCUGCCCUUUCCCCUUCUGGAUGCAGUGGGCUCUGAUUGGCUACGCUGUCACCUUCAUCAUCCUCUUCGCCAACUUCUACUACCACGCUUACCGAGGCAAACCUUCCUCACAUAAGGGAGGCAAGCCCGUCACAAACGGCACCUCUAUGGUAACUAACGGUCACAGCAAAGUGGAGGAAGUGGAGGAUAAUGGAAAGAGGCAAAAGAAAGGAAGAGCGAAAAAGGAGUAAAGAGGGAGAGGGGCUUUGCUUGGUGAUAAACAGAAAGAGUACAGUUAUUUUAAGGGCCAGAGAAGGAGGGAGGGGAGGGAAGGGAUAGAGAGAAGUUCAAACCAGACAACCAUCCCUGCAAAGAAUUGCAGUGUGUGUUUGUGUCUGUAAUGGCUUCUGGUUUUGACAGGAAGAGGGUUGUUUGUCUCCAUUACAGUUUUUUUUAUCAAGAAAAUUGAAAUGUUGAUCAUGUAGGCUCCGUGCUGUUCUGUCCAACUGUUUUGGACCAUAAUAUGACCAAAAUGUUUAAGGGCCUACAAACUGCUCAGCAUCCACUAACUUAUAAACCAAAAUUCACCUCCAACUUUUUUACACUGAAUUCCAGUAUUGUUUUAUUUGAAAGCUUAAAUAGUCUUUAAUAUGCUAAUUUAUUUUCUAGUGCUCUAAAAUAUUUUAAGGAAUUUAACUAUUACAACAAAAGAACAUGCAAAGGUUUAUACCAAAGGCUUUUUUGGGGAUUUGUUUUGUUUACGAAUACUUAGAGUUGAAAAAAGUUUAGAAGAAUGAAAAAAAAAACGCGUUACAAAGUUCUCAUAUCUGCCAUCUACUGUAUUUGAUUACUCAGAUUACAAAGGCUCUUUAUUUCUCUACACCAUCUACCAAACGAACUUGUCAUGGACUUAACAUGUCUUUGCUGUCUCAUACUGAUGUAUCUGUGCUGCAUUUACAAAAUCAAAUGCUAUUUCCUUUGUGUUCAUUGUGAAUUCAAAACUUGGUUUUAAACACACGGGGUGGGCGGGGACAGUAGGUCCUUUUAGUAUUUAUGCAAAUUUGUGGAUACCUUUGUUACACUACAUAUUUUUUUGUGGGUCCUCAUGAUUUAUUUCUUUUUGCUGUGCGAUGUAGCCGAGGUGCAAGAAUAAGAGAUUGAAAUUCAGCUCAAUAUCGUCUCACUGCCACGUAGGACUGAAGGGAAAUUCAUCCUGAAAAGAGCUUUUUUUUUAAGGAAACAAACGGUAAUUUCAUUGUCUUAUUAAUUAAUGAAAUGGACACAGCUUGUUGCUGCACAUAUAAUUGAAAUAAAGACAGUGUCAGCACCCCAUA